AGAAAAACAAAAAGAAGAAGAACGUGAAGACGACUUCAUGCUAAACACGAUUGGAAUCCCGCAGAAAUACCAGAAACUGACUUCAGCUCAUCCUGAAAGGUUGGCUGUCCGAUCUGGUCCGGUCCGGUCCGGUCCGGUCCGAGCCUGAGGAGCUGUCUGGUCUGCGCGCUGUGCGAGACAAUAAUCAGAUGAUCUGAGGAUACAGGAAGUGUCAACUGUGGAGUUAGACGUCCAGACGUACAGAGCCUGUUCUGCAGUCACUGAGUUGGGCCUGUCUCCUACAUUGUAUCAUCUUCAGCAAGAAGAGUCCCAUCAUUUUCCUAACAUACCCGAGCCUCCUGCAAGUCAACAUUCCAACAACCUGCAGCCCAUGGAUUUCCGGUUUCCUCGUCCUAACCAACUUCCCGAUGAGCUAGAAUCUGUUCUGUCUGUACAAGGCAGGAGAGACAUGGAUCAUCGCCAAAUGGACCAUAUAAAUCAACCAAAUCAACUCCAGAACCCAGGCUUGGGUUCAGGGAUCGGCCAACACAGAGACUUUGGUUCCAAAUCUGUAUCUCUCCCUGCUGAUAAUCAGUCUGUACACCAGCAAGGAGUCAACUGGUCAAACUAUCAGCCCCCAACCAAACUGUUUGCCAGUCCCCUCCCUGCUGAUAAUCAGUCUGUACUCCAGCAAGGAGUCAACUGGUCAAACUAUCAGUCUCCAACCAAACUGUUUGCCAGUCAUUUGCCAUCUACUGGCCACCAGGGAGCACAACUUCAGAACCAGAAUAGCCAAACAGGAGCAAGUGUACUGAACUGGAAACCAUCUGCAGGGAACUUUCCAUCACCCCAAACCCAGCAGUCUCAUGCUACUGGAAGUGGGGGAGAAGGUCAAACUUUGUAUACACCAGAGAGUGCAGGAAGCAUCUUGGCUAGUUUUGGACUUUCAAAUGAGGACUUGGAAGUGUUGAGUCAUUACCCCGAUGAUCAGCUAACUCCAGAUACUUUACCAUUCAUACUCCGUGACAUCCAGAUCAACAAAUCAGGCCUGCAGAAACCAAUGGCUUCCACUUCCUUGACGUUUUCUCAUAACAUCCAUGAUAGGGCAGUGCUUUCGCCACCUUCUCUAGAGGCUCCCAGCAUUCUGACUGUUACACAGACUGCUGGUAAAGUUAUUGAUUACGGUCAUGCCAGUCAAGCAAAAAGUGACUGCAAGCCGAAAGCGACUUUUAAAAGAGAGCCACUUCCCAGUGGUGGGACAGUAAAAAUGUAUCGAGCAGCAUCAUCGGCAGCAGUCACAAAGGUGGAGAAAACCAAAAAAAGACGAGUUUUAGAGCACAAGGAGCCAAGCCAAGAUGAAGACUAUCGCAGGUCAAGCAGUGAAACCAACAGAAAUGAGGAUUAUCCCAGGAGCCGAGAAAAGCACAGGGAUGAAGACUAUCACUGGACAAACAAAGAAAAGCACAGAGAUGAAGACUAUCGCAGGACAAGUGGAGAAAAACACAGAGAUAAAGACUAUCUCAGGAUGAGCAGAGAAAAGUACGGAGAUGAGGACUAUCGCAGGAUGAGCAGAGAAAAGCACGUAGACRAGGACUAUCGCAGGAUGAGCAGAGAAAGUCACGGAGACGAGGACUAUCGUAGGACGAGCAGAGAAAAGCAUGGAGACGAGGACUAUCUCAGAAAAAGCAGAGAGAAAUGCAGGAGUCACUCACCAGGAAGAGAAUUUGCAUCUUUGCCAAAAUGUCAUCAUCUAGACAGAGACUACAGACACAUGGAGUCCAAACUGAGAAGUGAGGGUUUUUCAAAACUUCCUUUGUCCUCAUCUGAAUCAAGACCACAUGGCAGCAGCAGGAAGUUACCAACCCCCACCAUGAAAAGUGAUUAUGCUGCUGUGUCUCCAAAAGUGUAUCCCCAUACCUGCUCCCUGUGCAACGUAAAGACUGAUCAGGAAAAGGACUGGGUGGAACAUGUCAACACUGUGGAUCACAGAGUCGCAUGCAGAGACCUGCGCAAUAAGUAUCCAGGCUGGAAACCAACUCUACCAAGUCGGAGCGGACGCUACGGUAGCCAGGAUUUUUGGGACGCAAAGGAUGGGUCUCCUUUUGAUUCAGUGUCUCCAUCAUUGUCUCGGUCUCCAAGCCCUCCUUCAUGUUGUGACCAAGACACCUAUCCCCUCAGGCCUCGCAGGAGAUCUUAUUCUCCUCACAGAYGCCCAGGGGCCCACCACUACCCAGAGGGCAGUCAUCGGGUCUAUCGCCACCGCUCUCGCAGCCCACCUGAUUCUGAGGGUACAUUUUCACCACCCAGACAGGCUCAUCCUGAGAAGAGGAGCAGUGAGUCAUCAGGGGCGGUCUCUCGUAAAGGUGUGAAACGUCCUCGUGAUGGUUCUGUUAACACCAGCGGGAGUCCUCCAUCUUCAGCAGCUGACCACAGCGCCAAACGUAAGCCGUUACGUCCCUCCAGUAAAACCGUCAAAGGUGCACCAAAGCCUGACACCAAAACUACCAAGGCCGUCAAACCCACCCCUGCUACGAAGAAGAAGAAGGUUGUGGCUCCAGCAAGCCUGGCACUGUCUGCUGCAACGCGUGUGGUUUACCUGACAGGCAUCCCAAAGGACGCCACAGAAAAGGAAAUUAAUAGCCUGAUUAGCUCUUUUGGCAAGAUGAAAUCUCUGAUCUUUGGGUUAUGCUCCAAGGAGGAGAGUGASAAGGGACAGAAGGCAACUGUGGUCAUGAUGAGGGCAGUGGACGCUCGGGCUUUUGCUUCUGCUCGCAACCUUUAUAUCAGAGAGAAGAAAAUCACUGCUUCAUUAACUGAGAAGCCUGAAGAUGAGCCGUCUCCUGAGCCCAAAAGGAAACGUGGCGUAGACACAAAAAGAGGCGCAUCUGAUGCAGCUGUCAGCAGAACUGUAAAGUGUUGAUCACAGGCCUCCCUGAGACAGGCUGGGCAGAGACUGACAUCAUCCAGCUGGCCCAACCCUUCGGAACUCCCUCUGACAUCAUCCUGUCAACAAACGUCAGAAAGGUACUUGUGUCAUUCGAGGACAUGGAGGUGGCUCAGGAGAUGGUGAAGGUCCACAGCUUCAGGCCUUCAGUGGUUAACGGCACAGAAGUGAAAAUGACUCUUCUCAAACAGCACGUUGGCCGAAACACACCGGUGGCUCUCUACAAUCUUUUCAUGGGAUCAGCGGAUCCUUUGGAGAAUCUGGCUCCAGUUGUCUGGAACCGCCUGCUGGUUAUUAAGAAUGUUCCAGAAACAUCAUCUGGACCCUCUGAGGUGAAAAACGUGAUUCAACGCUUCGGUAAAACCAAGAAGACUCUAGUUCUCAACGGCAUGGUGAUUUGUGAGAUGGUGACGGCAGCCGUAGCUUUGUCAGUUUACAAACGCUUUCAGAAGUUUCCCUGCAUCGUCCAGAACAACCCGCUGUCUUUCUCCCGCAAGCCUGACCCUAAAGUCACACAUGCCAAAGUGAUCGCUGCAUUUUCUGAUUCAUCUGAGGUUAAACCUGUGGGUAGCAAAGACAGCCAAGCAGCUGCAGCAUCUCAGAAAACAGAGGCUGCAUCAAAUCCAGAGAUUUCUGAAGCUCCUGUAAAAAACACUUGUGAUAAAAAGAGCAAUAAAAAGUCUGCUGAAGGUGAAUCAUUGAAACAAACACAGAGCAACGAUGCCAAACUACACCCAGACCCUCUAACAGAGUCGAAGAACACCGAAGUGAGCCAAAAAGUGGAAAACAUUGAGAAGAUCAAAUUAGCCAGCUGCGAAGGAACUGCCCUUGAGACAACCCUGCCACAACUGCCAAAGAUCACUCAGUCUAUGGUUGACGUACUGCUGGAGGAGUGCAGGAUCAGAAUGGCCAGGAACUCCAAAAAGGCUGCCCCUCAUCUUGGUGGAGAGCAGCAGAAAGCACAUCAGCAGCCAGAGCAAGAGAAGAAARCAGCAGGCAAGGCAAAAGGCUUGUCCAAGAAGACCACGGGAGGAAAGGAGGUGGUGAAGAAGCAGGAGAGGGAGAAAAAAGACAAAGAUUUGAGGAAAGGGAAGGAAACGAGAGAGAGGGAGAGGGAGAGAAGGGCUUUGGAGAUGGAAAGGGUCAACAUAGAGAGGGAGCGGGCUAAGAAAGCCAGAAGGGAAAGGGAUGGGAAAGAGGAGGAAAGGAGAGAAAGAGAGAGGAGAGGCAGGAGGAGAGAAUAUGGUGAACGUCAGUCUGGGUCGAAGUCUUCCUACAGGCCUGAGAAACACAGGGCUGAGCGGUCCGGUGUGGAGGCUGAAAACAGAACGGAGGAUGAGGAGUUCCUCUUCAGCAUGAGUGACUUUGUAACAGUUGAUGAACUGGGAGAGGUGACAGACCUUUGCCCUUUGUCUCCYACUGUCCCUGUGGAAACUCCACAGGAACAGAGUGACUCUCCAAAACCCGGCAAGCAGGAUGUUCCUGAGAACACACACAUGGAGAGCGCAGUGACCCAGGCACAGUCUGAUGAGAAAGCUUCAGAGGCUGAACAUAUCUGUGUCGAGUCAGUUGAAGAAUCAGAUUCCAAACUGAAGCAGGACCUCAGCACCAUAGAAAACCCUCUGCUGGMCUCACAAGUUCACAGUUUAUCAGGUGAAACGUCAAGUCAAGCAGAAGCAAGUGGAUGUAACAAUCAUCCUGACUGACUCUAAUUCAGACUGUCUGGCAGGAAGUGGAGUGACAACUAAAUGUGAGGAAGAGAACAAGAGCUGUCAUGUUAGCCACWGUCCAACUGAAAAUGAGAGUAUGGAGACAUCAGUCAGUCAGGAGCAUGAGCAGGAAAAGAAGAAAGAGAGCAGUUCUAUUAGCCACGGCGUGACUCAGAAUGAUGGGAUAGAGACAUCAAUCAAUCAAAAACAUGAGGCGCAGGAUGCAGAGAAAAAGACAGGUCCUGAUAGCCACAAUCUGACUGAAAAUCAGAGUAUGGAGACAUCAGUCAGUCAGGAACAAGAUGGGCAGGAUAAGAAGAAAGAGAGUAGUCCUUUUAGCCAUGGUCUGACUCAGAACGAUCAGAGGGAGACACCAGUCAGUCAAAUACAGAAGGCACAGAAUGAAGAGAAAAAGACAGGUCCUGUCAGCCCCAAUCCGACUGAAAAUGAGAGUAUGGAGACAUCMGUCCAUCAGGAACAGGAUGAGCAGGAAAAGAAGAAAGAGAGCAGUUGUCUUAGCCAUGGUCUGACUCAGAAYGAUGGGAUAGAGACAUCAGUGAAUCAAAAACAUGAGGCACAGGAUGCAGAGAAAAAGACAGGUCCUGACAGCCACGAUCUGACUGAAAAUGAGAGAACGAAGGCAGCAGACAGUCAGGAAAAAGAUGGGCAGGAUKCAGAGAAAAAGAGCAGUCCUGUUAGCCACAGUCCAACCCGCAUCGACAGGGUGGAGCCAUCAGACAUUCAGGAACGGGAGGCGCACUCUGAGGAGAAGCUGGGAGCGACAGGCGCAGAAGCAGCAGCAGGAAAGCCAGGAAAGACGAAGGACGGCGUGAACACACAUCAGCUCCCUCCCUAUGACCCUCAGACACCUGUUGGUUUGGAGUAUUUGGUUCCAAAGACGGGUUUCUUCUGUAAGGCAUGCAGUCGAUUCUUCAGUGGAACAAAGUUGGCCGAGAUCACCCACUGCAAAACCCUCAAACACUACGAGAACCUGAAAGAAAUGUUGAAAACAGGACCAGCGUCACAACAGACUCCAUCUGUCUGAAACAACUCAGCUCUGUCUCCUCCAGUAGUGUUGUCCUCAUUUCAUCCUUAGAUUCUAGUCCAGAUUUGCAGCUGAAUGUGGUUUUGUUUAAUUUUGUUAUUCGUACAGUGAAUUUUAUUGUAUAGUUAUAAAAAAGAAUAAAUUGUGCUCUGUGUUAAACCACAUCUAGUGAUUUCUGCAGUCAAUAAACAUUUUCUUUUCUGAA